AUGACACAAGAGGUCCCAAAAGCCAUGCAAACGAGACCGAAUGGUGGCACCGGUGAAAUCACCGACGUCGGAAGUAUAGCCGGAAUUUUCGAUCGCCUGGUUCGGAGGAGACAAGGCGAGGCCGUCAAAGUGUAUGCUAGCUACGAACCCUUAACACCGGCGGAUGUAGCUGAAGUUAUCGUCUUCGUUGCUGCCAGGCGCGAGAACGUCGUUUUGGCAGACUCAUCGCUAUUUCCAAGUCGUCGGUCUUUAAACCACCACGCGAUUAUUAUAAGACUACUCGAGAAUAACUACUUCGCCGACAACAGUAUCUUACCUUUUACUAUAUUUGAUCCUGCUGCAAUUCGAGCUCGCCGUCUUCGUCAUGCCGAUAUAUCACAUUGGUUCGUCCAUGCCCAUCAUGAUUUUACGGCUCUCAAACAGAAUCUAACAGCCUACUAUUCCCUCACCAAACUCAAUCCUGGUGUGACAGUUGAACAGAAAGGAGAAUGGGAAACACUCCUCAAGGACAUGUUGGGUAAGGUCCCAGGUCUGGUCUCAUUGGAAGUGAACUCUCCUCUUGCUUUGACGGCACAUCGUAGUCUGGGUUUCAGUCUGGGUUUCAAUCUGGGUGUGCAAUCUGGGUGUGGUAUCUGUGCUAGAAAAGGCCGAAGAUCUCAAGGGCUACGCGACACACCCAGCACAUUUGAAGGUGCAAGAACUUCACACUUGCGUGCCCUUGAGCGUCGGGCAACAAUUUCUCAUGGCGACUCUCCCGGCGAACCCGACCCGGUGUUGGCUUCGGCUUCGGCUUCGGCUUCGGCGGAAGACCAGAGGGGACAAUACCGCCUCGAUACCGAGAUGAGAGACUCGAAUAUAAGUGGACACGGCCAGGAAAAGCAAACACCAGGAGGGUUUACUUUCACUAGUAGUGGGAGAACAGCUAACGCUGAUUUGAAAGAACCGCCAGCUUCCGUUUGGAAGUUGAGUCAAGAUGUGUGUCGGAUUCUUGGAACGGAAUCGGGCGGACGACCUAGCCAUGCUGUGGGUGAUACAGAAGAGUCGAGAGAUAGUACUUCAGCGGUUAAUCUACCAGAACACGAUUACAUCGUCUACCUCGCUCAUAUAGUCGACUUCCAUCUUCACGCAGGCUGUCUCUUCGAUGGCCACACAAUAUCCAUUCCUCGAGGCGACGAUACGGCGCCUGGUCUUCCGCAUACAGAAUCAAAAAUUUGGGUUGUGCAAGUGUCUGCUGUUGUGGCUCUUGGAAGGCUAUUCCUAGAAAAGGGGGCGACCGGCUCUCGACCCCCGGGGUUCCAAGAGUUUCUACAAGGCUCAGACGCCGUUCCAUCCAACACUAUACUGUUACUCUAUCCACUUUUGGCAAUAGAGGCUCUCUGUCUUCUCUCCGUAUAUGCUCAUAGUGCAGAUAUGCAUGCGGUAGCAUACCUCUAUAUAGCGCAAACGAUAGCGAUAGCGCGCUGUCGCAAUUUGGAUGAUCAGAGAAAGGCUCCCAUUGGAAUCGAAAGCGAUGAGACAAAGACAGCGCGGAGGUUAUGGCACACUGUCUGCAUAUUAGAUCGGAGGUAUUCUGCCGCCAUCGGAAUGCUUCCGAACUACCCAACGCAAGAUGUAGAUAACAUCUUCCUAGAUGAGAGUUCGGGUUUGGCCAUAAACAAUACGUCGUCCCUUAAUCUUACCAUUGCCUGUCGAUUAUCGAGGAUCAUUAUGCUCCAUUCUAAACAUCAUACCAUCGAUACCAAGCUUUCUCCAUUGACGGAAGAAAUAAUGGCUGAGCUUAGAUGUCUGCAUUUACUGGGGCGGAGUAUAAGUGUCCUACCGCAUUUUCGCUUUGGACAUUCCCUCCAUGCGAUAUCGAGGCCUGCAGCGACAUUACAUCUCUUGUAUUGCCACUGUGUUAUUAUCGCUGCCCAACCGAUCCUUCUAUACCUCUUACGGCGGCGCUUGAGUAGCGGCGAGCCUCCCGCUUUAGCUAGUUCACUGCUUGAAACCUCAUUCGCCGUGCUAAGAAGCUGUGCUAACGCCGCAAACUUUGCAUUGGAUAUAAUCGCUAUGCUUCACGACCAGAAUCUUCUUGAGAUAUUCUUCUUUAGUAACGUUGAGAUUACAUUCUUAGCCGCGCUAGCACUGAUACUCAUUGACGUCGUUCUCCCAGCCCCGACAGGAUCGGAUCGUGUUGGAAAGGCAAUCGGCGUCCUUCAUGAUAUGGGUCGAUAUGGAAGUGCAACUGCGAUUGCUCUAGGGGCUGACCUGAAACGUAUCCACGAAGCCGUCGCGGCUCUAUCUGGCUACCCUCGGAAUGAAAGGGGGACUGAAGUCACGACAAGUCAAGAUGGAGAUUCUUUCAAUGUCAGAUUUCUCAACCUAAUAGAAACCCCAAAUCCACCAGAAAAGCCCGCCGGCCGACCAGAAACUCUUCAAGGCAGACUGGAGACCAUGGCGAAAGACCCCGAUGUUCAAUUCAUGGGCCGGGGCCAAGGUACACGGGUCACAACGCAAAGCAGUACAGGGAGAUCCGCGCCGCAACAAACGGCUGCUAACAUGGUACAUGCCGAAGAAUCUCCUUCUAUUGCUUUAGGUGAAGCAGAAGACGCGUACAGCUUCGAUAUGCUCAAUCUAGAAUGGCUAGAGUACGUGCAGUAG